AUGUCUUCCGAAUCUCCUUCAAUGGAACCUCAAAGCAGCAGCAGUUCCGCUGGCCUAAGUUCGAGUUCACCAUCCGUCGUCAAUGGUAAAGGCACGACCACCUUCCCGAAGGUUACCCACGAGGAUGCCAGCGUCGAACUCAAGAAUAUGAAACCAGAACGUGGAGGUAUAAAAGGUGCAAUCCCUCUGGGGGAAGAUAUUAUGCAGAUUGCUCGGAUAGGCGAGAUCCCAGCCAUGCAGGGACUGUUCGAUGAGAAGAAGUUCAGUGCCAACUAUAAGGAUGACGAAGGAAUCACUCCAUUGCAUUGGGCUGCGAUUAACAACCAGUAUGCGAUGUGCAAAUUCUUACUGGACUCUGGCGCUGACGUAAAUGCUAAAGGAGGGGAGUCAGUGGCUACACCAGCAAUGUGGGCGGCUCAGCGGUGCCACUAUUAUAUUGUCCACCUUUUGCUUCAACGUGGUGCCGACCCCCUACUUACCGAUGUACAAGGGUAUAAUAUCCUUCAUUUGGCAACUAUCGAUGGAAAUGCUUUCUUACUUGUCUUAUUACUGCACCAAGAAAUACCUGUUGACGUUGUUGAUCAACAGGGCCAUACUGGAUUAAUGUGGGCAGCUUACAAAGGAUUCCCUGCAUGUGUUGAUUUGUUUUUGCGCUGGGGUGCCAACGCGAAUGCUGUCGACGAAGGUGGCCUGACCCCUCUCCAUUGGGCACUGGUAAAGGGCUCGAUGCCUUGUGUCAUGAAGGUCAUCGAGUAUGGCGCGGAUAGGUUCGCGAAGACUAGAGAUGGUAAAACGCCAGCAAUUGUGGCUGGCGAAAUGAAUACAACGAGAAUUUGGCAUCGCGCUUUAAAAGAAUGCGGCUAUGACCUCGACGGGAAUGUGAAGAUUGUCCCUAUGGGAUUGAAUUCUUGGAUAGGGAACAAGAACAUUGCGUCCAAGUUCUUUUUCCUUUGGCCUUUUUUGAUGGUUUUUGUGGCUGUUUGGAUUCUUAGCAACAUGGUGAUAUAUGCCGCUAUUCCAAUGGUGCUUGUGGUGCUGUUCGGAUUGCAGUGGAUAGCGCAGAAGGCCGCCAGCCAAAGCGUACCUGAAUAUAAGAUACUCCAGAAGACGCCAUAUUUGUCUGGUGUAUUUGCAGGCACCCUAUUCUGGGUUGGUAUUAGAUAUGUUCUCUACGUGCUACCAGCGACUUACUCUACUGUGCCAUUCUUAAAUGCCUUUUUCGCCAUAUUUUUCUGCCUGACGGCAUACUUCUACAUUUACUCGAUGGUUGAAGACCCCGGGUUCGUCCCAAAACUGGGUAGUAGGAACCAAGAGAGAGCAGUUAUUGCCGAGCUUUUCGAGAACUGGAAGUUUGACGAAGAGAAUUUCUGUGUCUCUUGCAUGGUCAGGAAGCCUUUGCGGAGCAAACAUUGCAAGCGCUGUGGACGCUGUGUUGCGAAACAUGACCACCAUUGUCCUUGGAUCGAUAAUUGUGUUGGUGCAAACAAUCUGCGCCAUUUUGUUCUAUAUAUUACAUGCCUAGAAGUUGGCAUUAUGUUGUUUUUACGGCUCUCAUUUAUUUAUAUCAAUGCUUUACCGGCACCAGCAGGGACCAAGUGCAACGUUAUUAAUGAUACACUAUGUGACUUAGUGGUUCGUGACACGUUUACUCUUAUUCUAGAUUUGUGGAUAAGUAUUCAGCUGGUCUGGAUUACUAUGCUUUGUGCUGUUCAACUAGUCCAGAUAUCACGGAACCAAACUACGUAUGAAAAUAUGAGGGGGCAUUCGAUUGAUAGAAGCUAUCCAAGUUCGCGGGCCUUCGCGUCUGCUUUGACUGCUGGGGCGACGUCCCUUGAUGCAGCUGGUCUCUCAUCUGCCGGCCAAGGGCCAAACCCAGCCCUGCCACCGAGUGCUCCUCAUCGACCUCGACGACAUGGCUGUUUGCAGCAAUGGUCAUCUCUCCUAGGAAUUGACACAUUCUUCGCAACUGCACGGGAUGGACUACGGGACGGUCGCCAUUCGGCCCGGCCCAAAAACGCCUUUUCGCGUGGCUUUAUUAUCAACUGCCGGGAUUUCUGGUGCGAUCCCGCACCUUAUUUUGGCAAGCGAGAGUCGGGCUCUGCAAUGCUUGGUGGUGAGAUAGUCAACUACAAUCAUAUGUACGAAGCCCCACUACGGAUACACAGCGGCGGUGGGUAUCGGGGCCUGGCAAUGGAGGAGCCCGAGCAGAUGGUUUGA